GUCAAAGGCCAGCCUCUCUCUUGUUCUUGUCUCGUUUCAGAAAAUUUCCAGAAAUCGAAAGCGGAAGCUAUUUAGGUAAACUCUUACCUUGACCCUACACUACACACACACGAGCCAAGCAAACAUCUUGUCAGCAGGUUAAACAAAGAGAAAGUAAAAAAAGAAUUAAAUGGAUGGUGAUCAUCCUUAUCACAAUAUGGGUGUAGAAUCCCCGCCAAUUAACAACUCUUACAAAAUCACAACAGAGAAAAAGCUUCAGCAAAACAAGCAAUUAGCAAGAAUCUUCUUUUCACUUUUUCUUGUCUGCCUGGUUCUACUGAUUUGCGCUGUAGUUUUCAAAUUUGGAUGCCCCUCAAAAGUUGCUACAAGCAGAGAAAAAAGCCAAAGUCCUGUCAUCAAAUUCCUUCAUGUAUCAGACAUUCAUUUGGAUCUUCAGUACAACAACAGCUUGAGCAAAAAAUCUCUUUGUCGUAACUUGGUAAACAUUACAUCAGAAACAGCUCCAUUUCAAGCACUAUAUGGCAGAGUUCGCUGUGAUUCACCAGAAAUAUUGGUAGAAUCUGCCCUUGGGUUCAUGAGAAACCUUUCUCUCACAAAACUUGGAAAGAUUGAUUUCUUUAUGUUCACAGGUGACCAAGUUGCACAUGCAAUUGGCCGUGACUAUGGAAAUAGUACCAUAAUGGAAAGGGUUCUGAAUAACAUGAGAGCAGCCAGCAAUAAAAUUGCCUUGGCAUUUUCUGGAAUACCAAUUUUCCCAUCAUUUGGAAACAAUGAUCUCCCAGGAGAUUAUGUCCUUCCGAAAGACAGCAAGUUCUAUGAAGAUGUUCUGGCAUUUUGGCAGCCUUUGGUCUUGUGCAAAAAUUGUUCAUUCAAGGUUACAACUGAGGAGGAGUUGAAGAAGACAUUCUUAGCUGGAGGCUACUACAAAGCAGCAAUCCCACCAUUAAAACUUGUGCUCCUGCAACUAAAUUCAAAUUAUUGGAAUGUUGAGUGUAUUAAAAGAAAUCCAAAGGGUCAGACUUUGGUGAUUGCAGAUGCCCAGAUGAAAUGGUUGGAAAACCAGCUACAAAUUGCCAAAUCUGCUGAUAAUAAAGUUAUCAUUUCAGGCCAUAUUCCACCAGGAAUCAACGCCUAUGGUGCAUUUGAUGGAUUUUGGGCACAAAACUACACGCAAAAGUAUGUUGACCUUGUGACAAAGACAUACAGUGACACUGUUAUUGGACAGCUUUUUGGCCAUAUUCACAAGGACGAUUUGAGACUUCAAAUGUUGAAUGACAAGGCUGGCAGUGUCGAUACACACUCAUCUUUUGUAUUUACGGCACCUGGUAUCACGCCUAUAUACAACAACAACCCUGGAUUUCGUGUUGUCACGUUCAACACUGUCAAACGGUUGCUUACUGACUACCAUCAGUAUUACAUGGACCUCGUUUUGACAACACAAACGAAAAUUCCAACAUGGCUGUUUGAUUACUCGUUCAGCGAUAAAUACAUGAGUCAUCUACCGGAAGACGAGAGAUUUAUAAAUGGCAAGCUGAUUUCUGACAUAGUGGAGAGCUUUGUAAAUCGAACUAACGAAAACAGGCAUUGGCAGAAUUACAUUCAACAUCGCCAAGUCAAUUACCAACCUGAUCCAUACUCGAGAUACAGGCUGUACUGCGCUGCCAAACACGUGACCAAGACAGCAUUCGAUGAAUGUGUGAAACGAUACCCUGUUACUGGCGGAUAAAGUCAUCUACAUAAAUUUACACUUUGUAUUAAAUUGUGAAUGAGUUCUAAUUUGGUAAAGAAAUCUGAAACCUUUGCUUGUAUAACUAAUUACUUCGCUGUAAAUUGAUGGUUGGUAUUUUUUUAUUUUAAAUGUCA